ACACUUCUUGCGCAAACAUAUCUCAAUCCGAAUUCAAAUAAUAGACGUGAAUUGAAAGAGGCUUUACAAAGAAUUACCAUCUAUAGUGGCUGUCCUUCAACAGUGGGUACUUUGAUUAGUCCUGUGAUAUAUUUCAAUUGCAAACCUGUGUGCCCAAAUGAGAUGAUGGGUCACAAACUUCUUUAUGUGAGCUGA